CAAGUGACCAACGAAUGACGAGGAAUAUUCACAUGUCGAAGUGAGUGACUCUCCAAAACACAGAGAGAAGAACUUGCGACUGCAACAAUGGACAAAAUUGAACACAAGUUCAUAGAUGUACGAGGACUGAGGAUCCACGUAGCCGACAUCGGAGAAGGUCCUAAUGUGGUGUUAUUCCUACACGGUUUCCCGGAGUUAUGGUACUCUUGGCGACAUCAGAUGGUGGCCUUGGCCAAAGCGGGGUUCCGGGCUGUUGCUCCGGAUUGCAGAGGAUACGGACUCUCUGACCCGCCACCAGAACCAGAGAAGGCCAGUUUUGCAGAUAUUUUGACGAACCUUGUUGCAAUCCUAGAUUCUCUCGGAAUCUCAAAGGUUUUUGUUGUGGCAAAAGAUUUUGGAGUGAGGCCUGCUUACUUCUUUACUCUCCUACACACAGAAAGGGUCAUGGGUGUUGUAACACUGGGAGUACCAUGUGUACCUCCUGGACCCUCUAGCUACCAUAAAUUCCUACCAGAAGGGUUCUACAUAUCUAGAUGGCGGGAACCGGGACGAGCAGAAGCUGAUUUUGCCCGUCUUGAUGCUAAAACAGUGGUUAGGAACAUCUACAUUCUCUUCUCUAAAAGUGAAAUACCAAUUGCAGCAGAAAACCAGGAGAUCAUGGACUUGGUGGAUACGUCCACUCCUCUUCCCCCUUGGUUCACUGAAGAAGAUCUUGCAACAUAUGGAGCUUCAUACGAGAAAUCUGGAUUCCGAACUGCACUGAAAGUUCCAUAUAGGUCACUGAAUGAAGAGUUCGACAUAGGAGACCCGAAACUAACAGUCCCAGCAUUAUUGAUCAUGGGAGUUAAAGAUUAUGUUCUCAAGUUUCCAGGGAUGGAAGAGUACAUUCGUAGCGGGAAGCUGAAAGAAGUUGUCCCGGAUUUAGAGAUCAUAUGGUUACCUGAAGGUACUCAUUUUGUGCAGGAACAAUCACCUGACCAAGUGAAUGAGCUUAUUCUUGCAUUCCUGAAUAAGCAUGUUUGAGUGCAGACCAUUCAAUGAAGCAUGUCUAAGGUUCUGUUGAGGUUGUUUCAAGUCCUUCAACAAUUUGGCCUAUUUUCUGACUUGAAACCAUGCUUGUGUAUAUUAUGAUGUGUUUGAGUGCAGACCCUUCAAUGAAGCAACAUGUUGUUUUGUGAUAUGUAAUGUUUUUCUUUCAAACAUUAAGAGUCGGCAGGCUCUGCUUCUGAGAUCCCUAAGGAGUCUUCUUUGUGAUCUGGAGGCAACAGUGUAAUUCAAAAAACAUUCAUUAUUCUGAAGUCAUAUCUCUUGAAGUAUAUUAACCAAAGAAUCUCUCUUUUUAUC